UUGGUUUUGGUGCUUUUGCUUUGGUUUCGGAGUUUUGGCAUUCGGAAAAUCGCAUUGAAGUUUUUAAUAAAUUUGUUUUAGAUUCGUUUUUUCUAUAUUUUGCAAUAUAAAAAUCAAAUAAAUAAUCUUAGAAUAUAUGUUUUUAUAUGACUAUCUAAUUGAGAAUAUUUAAUUAGUCAUUCAGUUGUUUAAGUGAACGGCAAGACCAACAGAAAACCUUCUUGUAUUUAUCGAUUUAUUCAUUUUAAAUUGUUAAGAUAUCAAGCGAGUUUUAUAAUUAAAACAAAAAGACACCGGGCGGAUUACAGUGUAUGUUAAAAAUUGAUUGUUCAUUUCGAAAGUGAAUUCUUUUGGCGGAACCAAUCAAUGACAAGUUAAACUAUUAUCAUAAACCAAUUGCUCGAUUAUCAUACACAAAUAUGAUGGAAGUGAAACAUUCCCCAUCGUCACAGAUGGACUUUAGAAAUGCAACAAAUGGACUCCCAACUGAAGAGGAAGAUGAAGAAAUGGACACACUACUUGAAAGUAGUGCUGCUGUAAAAAAUAAACCUAACUCUAGUUUAGAAUGUGAAUCAUCUACACCAAUUUUAAAUGGCAACUCUAAGUAUUCCGGAUUGGAAGAAGGUAUGGAACUGGAUUUGCUAGAAGAUGAUAUGGAUGAGGAGCUCAAUAGUACAGUUUGUGAAACAGAAAAUAAAAAAGAUGCAGAAAACACAACAGCACAAACAGAUGAUAUAGAUAUUUUUGAUUUGGAUUUAGAACAAGAAGGGGAAGCGGAGGAAAAAGUAACAAAUGGUGAAACAACUGAUCCUUCUAAUGUAAGAGAUGCGGGAGAUGAUCUUGAUACUUUGCUUUCGAAAAUCAAUGAUUUGGUCGAGGAUUGCAUGGAACCUCCAUCGGCUAAAGUAGAUUCUUCAACGGUUGUGAAUAAAAGAGUUUCGGCUCAGAUAGAAGACGAAGAAGUAAAAGAUGUCACAGUCAAAGCAGAAGAAGAUGAAGAGAAAACUCAAGAAGAUGCUUCCUGUCUACUAGAAAUGGAUGAAAGAGUUGAAGAAGCAUUCACAGUAGACGAUUCACAAGUUGAGACAGAAAAAAUUGUUGAAUCCAAAUCAGAGGAAAAAGCAGAAACUGAAGAGGAUGUGACACGUGACGAGGAAGCUCUCGAAGAUAAGUCUGUACCUAACUCACCAGAAGACGUCGCAGAAGAAAAUGGACUUGAAUUGACGGGAAGUGAUCUUGAAAUUGCCGAAGGAGAGACAUUAAAAGAGGUUGAUGAACAAAUUUCAGAAGUAUGCGCGGAAGAAAUCGUUGACACAGUGGAAGAAGAAGUAGAAGAAAAAAUUGAAGAGGAAGAAGAGACUGUAGAAGAAAUGCUUGUACAAGAUACUGCUGAAGAAGAAGGAGUGCUUGCUGAAGAAAUACCUGCAGCAGAAACUGCAGAAGCACCUGCAUCUGACAUUGUUAAACAAACCGAGGAAGAAGUUGUGAAAGAGUCAAUAAAAUUAUCAGAAUCAAUCCCAGCAGACAGUAUGGAUAUCGACGAUGAUAUCGUCUGCUUGGAUAGUCCUCUGCCAGAGGAGAAGGAAGAGGAAACACUUCUCGAUACUACAGAACCUGCUAAAGAAGAAGAUUCCUUGCCUUCGACUAAAAAUUCAAUUCCGGCGUCUAAAGACGAGAAAGAGGAAAAAGAACCAUCUAUUGAAAAGGAAGUUUUAGAAAAAGAGAUUCCGUCAAAGGAAAUUAGCCCCCCAGAAGAAACCAUUGCAACAAAUGAAAAGAACUCAUCAACAGCAUUGGAAGAAGAUGACGAUAUCUUUUUGAUAGAAGAUGAUGAUGAGCCAAUGAAGGAAACUGAGUCCAAGGACACUGAAAAACCUACAACCAGUAAAGAAGGAGUAAAAAUACCAGAGAAAGAAAAAUUAUCACACGAAGAACUGAAACUUGAUGAAAUAGAUAAAGAAAAGGAGGAAAAGAAGGAACAAAAAGAAGAAUCACCAGUAGAAAAGAACAAAGAGGCUUCCAUCCCUGAAAAUGAAGCAGAACAAAUUGAGAAAAAGACUGAAGUUGUUUCUGAGAAAAAGCCAUCGGAAACCAGGGAAGAAGAUGACGACGAUGUCGUGUGUCUAGAUGAUUCAAUUGAGGAAACAGAAGACCCCAAACAGGAUGAGAAGACUGAGGAGAAACCAACUGAAGUUAUUCCUACGAAUGCUGCCGAUAAAGUUGCUAAUGAUGUAGAUUUGCCUGAAGUGGAAAAGGUUACUGAAAAGGAGGAUAUUGCCGCAGAAAGUGUGCAUAAGGAAUCAAAAACAGCAGAUGAAAAGGUUGAUAAAGCAAAAGUAGAUGAAUCGGAGGAAAAAUCGGAACAAUUGGUCAAAUCAAGUGAAGAAGUUGUUAAAUCAACUGCAGAAGCGCCAACAUCCUCUGAUGCAAAAGAAAUUCCCCAAGCAACACCUGUGCCAGAAGUGUCUGCCAAGAUCCUCUUGGAAACUGAUGUAAUAAAUUUAGACGAUGACGACGAAGAUGAAGCCGUUCCCUCAGCUGCUGAGAAAAAGGACACGACUUCUUCCGCCGAAAUCGCAGCCAAUAAGCCAUCGGCAUUCUUUUCAGACAACUCUGACAACGCUCGUGAUGGUGCUGAAGAAAAGGAAGACAAAAAUGAACCAAAAGACUCAGUCGAAAAAUCAACUCCCAUGCCGUCGGAACCCAACAGCAACAGCAGCAGCAAUCUUCUGAAAGAGAGCAACGCCAUCGAGCGGGAUGAAUCACGAAGUGAACCAAAUGAGCAACCACCAGCCAAGAGAAUCCGAUUGAGUCAAGACGAAGCUAGCAGCAGGAACUCGAAUGCCAGUCAAGAGGAUACAACUUCAAAACUUCUCGACGACGAUGAUGUGAUGGAAAUAAACGACAACGAUGAUGAAGAAAACAAGACGCUUAAGCGUGUCCACAGCAGCGAAUCCAUUUCAUCGGAUUUCAAAAAACCCAAGACCGAUGUGGAAUCAUCGAAAGUCGAAGAAGAAAAGCCACAAGAACUGCUCGAGGAAAUAAUCCCAGCUAAAGUCGAACCUGUCAAAGCGGAAGAAAAGCCCGACAUGAAGUCAGUUGACGCUAAGCCACUUCCCUUGUAUCCACCGCCGAAUUUCAACACGCCCAAAGUUGGUCUGAGUUUGGAUUUCCUUCGCCGCUUCAAGAAAUCCAUUCACAAAAUGAACAAAUCCGAUUUGGAGGAACUUGUCCUGCAGAAAAUCGUCGAAGCCAUCGUACACAAGAGUGAAUUCAGCGAGAUGCGUGAAUUGAUUGAGAAACAGGAAAAGAUCAUCUCUGGCCAUAGAAGUAAGAUAACCGAGCUGAAUAAACAAUUCCGUGAUUUGGAAAUGGUUCAUAAUCGAGUGUUGAAGGAUUUGGAAACCAAGAAUUCACAGUUUAUAAUGCCGGUGAAGAUUACGCGAGCCGUUGGCUUGCAGGUUUUCUUCCCAAACAAGAAAUACGAUCAACCAAUGGCAUCUCUUCCCGCCUCGAGCUCGGCACACACACCCUCACCCACCACUCUGGCGAGGAGUAUAAGUGCAAGCAGCAAUACCAACAGCAUUCCAGAAAAAACACCCGUCUCAACCUCGACAUCUAUGACCAAUUCAGCCCCGCACGCACCACUACCAGUAGCACCGCAAGGAGCCAAUCAACCGCGUCGAGGAUGCGUUCAGAAAUUGACCCCUAUGCGGCCGGAUGGGCCUCGAAGCGCAAUGCCGAAUCGAGGAGUUGCACCAGGUGUGGUGUCCUCAUCUACGCCUAGCCCAAUGACCCCCAAGGACACUUCACCCAAAAUUUUGAACAGACAAGUAACCCCGAAAUCUCGACUGUCCCAAUCGCCGAUGGGACAGUCUAAUGCUAGUAACUCAGGUCUACCUCAGCAGGCACACAAUCUCCAUGCAUUAGCGACACCUACGGGUCCAGACCCAGAAAGAGCCAAGGCAGCAUCAAUAAUGUCACAGGGAAUAGCUACGAAAAAAACUGGGGGAAUGGUGAAGAGCUUCCCAGCGAGCAAGCGAAUACCCAAGUCGUGGCAAUCCGAGCCACAAGCUCCAGCGCAGCCGUCACCCACCACAGCGCAAAAUGCUUCCUCGCCAAUGGGAGUGCCACAGAGUCCUGCGCUCAAUUCCCCACUGGUGGCGAAAACACCAAACAAAUCUGUGAUUGAUUUAACAGAUGAAGAUGAUGUGGCUCCAACACCCAGCCCAAAGGCUCCCAACGCAAUGACCGCAUCACAAAAACAGGCUAACACGGGAAUGCAUCGUGUUGGCCCUUACAAGGUUUCUGUUGUUCCUGCAUCACAGCUCCAGCAACAGCAGCAGCAGCAGCCAAGGCCCAUUCAUCCAAAAGCCCCACUUGCACGCCCUCCUCAAAAUGCUGCCCAAUCGGCUGCGAAACCAAAUGGUACUGCCGCAAACGCUGUACGACGAACGCCUCCACUCCCGCAGCGGUAUCGCCAUCCGGCCCCGCUCCCAAAUCAACCGAUUCACAGUAGCAACCCGCUGUGGAAGCUUCCCCCGGCUAGACCUACGAUCCGGAUAAGUAAUCUAGACAGUGGAAUUGUUAUCUCCUGGACCAUAGAGGACACGGCCAAGGAAAAGUACGCCGAGAGUACCAGCUACCAGAUCUAUGCCUACCAAGAGACCAGUGGCCCUCCAUUAGUCGAAUCGUGGCGGCAUGUGGGUGAUGUCAAGGCUAUGCUCCUCCCCAUGGCUGUGACACUGACGCAAUUCCAAGAAGGACAGCGAUAUUACUUUGCCGUUCGAGCAGUCGACGCUCAUAAUCGUUGUGGCCCGUUCAGCUUUGCCAAGACUUGGAGUUAAUCGCCGUAAUCACGGCAUUGUAGGACAUAAUACGUAAGCACUCAACAACAACAACAACACACACUGCAACUUAGUUAAGUCGAUAAAUCAGAAGUUUUAAAUUAGUUUUAGAAAAACAAAUAAACAUACAAACCAGACAUAAUUAAAAAGCUGUAUUCAUAAAUAUUAUUUACUCAUCAGCAUAGGAAUUAGUUAUAUACGUUUAUAAUUUUAAAAUAUCACUUUUACGUUAGUGAGAAAUUUAUUUUGUUUUUUAAUUAUUUUUGCGCACCUUUAAGUUGAUGAAAAACGCUAAGAUUUAUCUUUAGUAGUUUAGGUGGCCAACAAUUGAGUUAUUAUUUUAUAAGUUUUAUAAAUUAUUAAAUAUUUUUUUUUAACCAUACAACACAAAAAAUCUUUAUUGUUUACUUUGAAAUAAAUAAAAAAAAAGAAAACAACAAAAACAAAACAAAGUUUCGAGGGAUGUUAGCUUGUAACUUAAUCAGAAAUAAAAUACUUAAACAAAACAAAAUGAAAAUAUC